GUCGGCGGCCGCUGGUUGCCCCGGAGGUGGAACCGAGGUCGCUAGUAAGAUGGCUGUUGGCAGGUUGCGGUGGUUGCUGGCGGCCGACCGCCGGGCCGGGGCGGCUUUCUUUUCCUACUGCCGGACGUUUGCACCGUGUGUUUCUGUCAGAGCUCAUUCCGGCGGCGCCGAGCAAAAGCAGACUCACUUCGGAUUCGAGACUGUGGCCGAGUCGGAGAAGGCGGAGAGAGUUUACAAAGUGUUUAAAAAUGUUGCUGAGAAAUAUGAUGUAAUGAACGAUGCCAUGAGCUUUGGCAUCCACAGGUUGUGGAAAGAUGCACUUCUUCAUAAAAUGAACCCACUGCCUGGAACAAAAUUGCUUGAUGUCGCUGGCGGGACAGGAGACAUUGCCUUCAGGUUUAUGGAUUAUGUAAGAUCACAGCAGGAAAGACAAAGUCGGCAAGCAAUGAAACUUUACCAGAGUCCUUCAUGGCAACAAAUCAAUGAUGCUUAUCAACAGCAAAAGGAAUCUGAUUCAGAUUUGGAAUCAAAGGCAGUUGUCUGUGAUAUUAAUAAGGAAAUGUUGAAGGUUGGAAAACAAAAGGCAGAACGGUUGAACUAUACAGAAGGCUUGUCCUGGGUGGUGGGAAAUGCUGAAGAGUUGCCAUUUGAUGAUGACAAGUUUGAUGUUUAUACAAUUGCUUUUGGAAUUAGAAAUGUUACACACAUUGAUCAUGUGCUGCAGGAAGCCUAUCGGGUUUUGAAGCCGGGUGGAAGGUUCCUGUGUUUGGAAUUCAGCAAAGUACAGAAUCCAAUCAUUUCCAGGCUUUAUAAUUUAUACAGUUUUCAAGUGAUACCUGUACUGGGUGAGGUCAUUGCUGCUGACUGGAAAUCCUACCAGUACCUGGUGGAAAGCAUCCAGCGUUUUCCUGAUCAGGAAGAGUUCAAAGAAAUGAUUGAGGACACUGGGUUUUACAAGGUGGAAUAUAGCAACUUGACCAUGGGGAUUGUGGCUGUUCACUCCGGAUUUAAGCUCUGAAUUUGAAGUGACUGAAAGAAAAUCAAGAUGCACAAUCACAGAAAAUGUAUUUACAUGCAUACUGCUUUGGUGCAGAAAUAGUCGCAGAUAUAUUUCAGUGAGUUAAUUAUCUACUAGCAGCCACAGAGUUCGUUGGUAAAAUUUAAUAGGGUUGUACCUCAACAUCAUUUAAUUGUAUUAUGCUUGUUUUGUAGUAUAAUGGUGCAGGUACAUCUUAUCUGCUGUAGUUUUGUAUAAUUUUCCUCUGUGAGGAUGUGCUUUCUGGUAUCAUUGACGUAGUACCACUAAUUGGUUCAAAAAUGCCUGGGGCAUAAAGGGACAUUUGGCACAGGCAUCUAAGCUUUGGAAACAAUCAGAUUGUUAUUAAAAUGACACAAGUUCAGAGAUGUUUUAAUAUCAAGGAUCCCAGCAGUAAAAAGUUGUAUAUUGGCCACAAAUUUAUUUCACACAAGGACACCUUAAAGAUUUUUCAAAGCAAUUGUCCAUCACUUCUCUUUCUCUGCACCUGAUAUCCUAUAACAAAAAUUAUAGAAACAAAAUGAGACACCAAUAAGGUUCCUCUUAUUAACACAAUUAAUUUAACCCGUAUUAGUGAUCUGAGGAGAUAGAGGCUGGCUUUGAGUUCCACUGGCCUUAAAGGGAGACUCCCCUUGACACUAAAAUUACAUUGUUAUAAAUUACAAUAACCAACAGGUUGGUGGUGUAACUAGAAAUGAUAGUGAGUCAGUCACUCCUUUUUAAAUUUAGUCAAACCUGUGAGUGUACUUAGUCUUGCAAACUGGCAUUUUUCUGAUGUUGUGCAUAGUGAAUUUGCCUUGCAGCAUUGACUGAAAGUACUUGUAUACUUUAUUGGUGGAAUAAGAUGUUUUGAUUUUUUUUUAAGGACUUGCAUAUGUUCUUGGAAUGGCAAGUGAUUUCUGCAACUGUACUUUAUCUCUCUCCCCAGACUCAAUUUUUGAUCCUCUGUUGAGCGAUUCCAAUGCUGGGUAAUGGCCCACAGUGCAUCAUAGAUGUGUAGCGUGGUGCUGAUUUACCUGUCCUUGGUCACAGUGCUGGUUCCACACUUCAUGAUGGAACAAGUCAUCACAAUAUGGAUUGGAGUUUGUCUUCGCAUAACUAAUUCCAUCAUGGAUUGUCUUAUCUGCAGCAGUUGGGUGAGGGUGGGAUAAAAGUGUGUAACUCCACUAUGGUUUCCUCACCACCUAAUGGAGGCCCAGUCUAGUAGUCUGAUAAAGUUUGAAAGAAAUGUUUGCUAGAUGUCAUGAGCAUGCAUGUAAAAACUGACCUUGUAUCUGCGUAGGUUAUCACCUUGAGGGAGCAUGUAAUACUGGAGCAGGACAAUGGAUUUUCUUUAGUGGGUCAGUAUGAAUGCAAAUCCAUAAACUCCUCACUUUUGUAUCUUCUCUAUUUCAUUUCAAGACACUACCACCAUAGCUGCCAUCUAUUUUGUGUGAUCAGCAUUAGAGUUCUAAUUGUUUUAACUCUUGAGAUUAUGUCCCUGACCACUUCCAGAAAAUUUUCAUUGCAUUAAUCCCUCUCAGAACUUCUGUGUUUCAUUGAAAUCGCUUCUGGUUUUAAACUUCAGAGAAUAUGGGAUUAUUCUGCUCACUUUCUCCUUAUUAGAAAGUGCUCUCCAGGGUCAAUUUAUUGCACCCCUAACUGUAUCCUUCCUUAUGGAAAUGGGUGCUGCUAUCCCCCACCCUUCUCAUAGCCCUGAAAGAUGAUCUUAUUCAGGCCUGAAAAAUUGCAGAUGGCUUCGGUAAACUGUUGGCUACAAUUUUUGAAUAGGGACUUGAUAUUUUAACACUCAGUAAUGAAUAGGUCUCAAAUCUAAUGAACGUUAACAUUUUUUGUAGCAGUCCAGACAAAAUGGACUUAAUGGAUAGUUUCUCUUCACCAAUUUGUAUUGCAGUCAGUCAAACAUUUCAUUUUGUCAUCCUUGAAAAGAUGAUAAAUGUAAUGCUGACAGAUUGACAAAGAAUUUACUGAUGACUAGGUUUUGUGGUGUGACUGCUGUAUUCCUUUUUAUGAAAUGGUUGUUUCAUAAAAGGCAAUUCUGAAUCAUCCAGUUAAUAAAUAAAUUAUUUGGUUUUUGUGCAUAAAGCAUAGAAAGUAGUUUCAAAUCAUCCUUGAGCAUAAUCCUUGCGAUGGAUUUCUGAUUAAUUUAUUGGCAUCAAUCCAACUUUGAUCUUGUGUUUUGCUGAUCAAUGACCUCUAUACCUGAAUAUCAUGUUCACAAAUUUGUAACUUGUUUCAUCAAAUUGCUAAAAUCUCUUGUUUAAUCAUAUUUAAUUAGUACUAUCAAAAUUUUCCUGAAUCAAAAGCUUUUAUAGAGACACUGAAAAUGAUUAUCCACAAUUGUUUACAGGGUGACUGCCAAAUACCAGCAUGACUAAACAUCAAAAUUGUUCAAAAUCAUGAUGCAUAGACUCUGGGAACGAUUUAAGUUUCCAAAGUGGUUAGGUAAAUAUAUAGCAGUAAGCUCUCAAUGAUAGAUUUAAGACACCUUCUGAAUUUCAGAAUAUUGAGAGAUAAAGAGCCUGCAGACCUCUUAUUUUAAAACUGUUCCAAAAUUCAGUUUUCAAGAGAUGCCUGAUCAUGUUCAGUGGCAGUGGUUGUUCCUGUAAGCUGAUCUCUCGUCCCUUGCAUGCCAGCACUGACUCGUUGUCCAAUAUCUACCUGUACAAUAGUGACCCAGGGGAUAGAAUUUCUGCUCAUUAAUUGGAUAUUGUGUCUUUGUCACUUUCCUUCGUAUGUGCUUUACCACUCAUUCACAGGCUGCAGUUUGCACUUUCAAAAAAAAAAGUGACUUUUUUUUCACUAAACAGCAAGUGAUUAUAUACAGCAAUAAUAAUGGAUACAUUGAAUUCUACGUAAAACUUGUUUAUUCAUUAUUGAAUAAAAAUGCUACAUUUCUCAAUAUUAUUGUGUUAUUAUAUGGAUUAAAGCAAAAUGACUUGUAACUGGCUUGUAGCUUUAGCUAGAAUAGUCUGCCCUACGAGCUUUCUGCUGAAAAUCUGACCUGUGUGUUUCUUAAAUUGGGAGAGAGAGCAUAGGGGUAGGGGAGCUACAGAAGGACUGGGCAUACCCCCUUUUAACCUAUUAGCAUUGCAGUCUUUACACGUGAGCUUCCAGGAGCCAGACUUCCCGAUAAAGGGAGUUUUUGUGAAUUACUGAGACUUUCUAAAAAUAAUACUUAAAAAUAAAGAGCUAUAAAUACUUGGCAGCUUCAAUGGGGAGAGAUACAGAGCUGACAUUUUGGGUUAAUGGCUACUCAUCAAAACUUGUUUUUGGAGAAGUAACUGCAAUGUGCACUACUAGAAUUUUCUUUGUAUUAAAAUCACAUAAUGUACUUGCCUACCAGUUCUCUUGCAGAAUCUAUGAACAAGCUCAAGUGUUAGGAAAAUAAGACUUCUGCAGGGUGUUAUCUCUG